CAUCUCGUCAUUGCACCAUGGCGAGCACACGAUAGAUACCAUGCGGCCUCUGUUUCUCAAUAAUGCGGUUUCUUUAUUUGUAGGGCGACUGUAUAGCACGUCUGUGGCUGCUGGACCGCACAAGCCGACGAUCUAUGCGCUCUCGACCGCACCUGGCAGAGCGGCGUUGGGUGUUAUUCGACUAUCUGGUCCGCGGAGUAAACUAAUACUGCAACGACUGACGCGGACAAAUUUCGACCCCAAACCGCGGCUGGCGUCCCUGCGAAGGCUGUACUCUCCUACCGUGUCCUCCGCCGGCUCCGCGACCGAGAUCCUCGACGACGCACUCACGAUCUUCUUCCCCGGCCCCCGCUCGUACACGGGCGAGGACAUAGUUGAGCUGCAUGUACACGGCGGCCGCGCUGUGAUUGCUGCCGUUUUGCGCGCGAUCGCCAGCUACGGCCAGGAUCCGGCGCUCGACUCUGGCAACGACGGCGACGUGGCGCCCGCCGUGCGCUACGCCGAGCCAGGCGAGUUCACGAUGCGCGCGUUUACAAAUUCGAGGUUGGAUUUGACGCAGGUCGAGGGUGUCGGUGGUAUGAUUGAUGCCGAGACCGAGGCGCAGCGGGUCGCGGCGGCGGCGAGCGCGGGCGGGUAUAUGAGACGGGUGUAUAACGGGUGGCAGAGCGAGCUGCUUGAGAUCUCGGGUCUGAUGGCCGCGAUCAUUGAUUUCUCAGAAGAAGGCUAUUUUGACGAGCAAAUGAGCGACACCGGCGUCGACAGCGACAUCUUCGCCGACUCGGUGGCGAAAGUGCGCGGGCUGCUGGAGAGGAUACGAAGGCAUGUCGAGCAGAUCGAGCGGUCGGAGAUCUUACUCGGCGGGAUCAAGCUCGCGUUACUCGGCCCUCCGAACGCGGGCAAGUCGUCGCUUUUGAACGCGCUCGCGAGGCGCGACGCCGCGAUCGUGAGCGAUAUCCCGGGCACGACGCGCGACGUCGUCGAGGUCGGGCUCGAGCUGGGCGGGUAUAAAGUCGUGCUGACAGACACGGCGGGUGUGCGCGGCAGUCUGACGGCGGCGGACGCGAUCGAGGCGCAGGGGAUUGUGCGCGCGAGGCAGAAGAGCGCCGAGGCGGACGUUGUGGUCGUCGUUGUUCCUGCGAUUGUCGAGAACGCGGAGUGGCAUGCUUCUGUCAGGCGCGAGUUGCAGGACGUGUGUAGCGGGAAGAGAGAUCCGCUUGUGCUUGUCGCGGUUAAUAAGAUUGAUCGGCUGGAGGAAUCAGAGGAGGUGCUCGAGGGUGUUUUGCAGAGGUAUGCGCGUGAGUUUGGGGUUGCGCGCGGGAACGUGUUUGGGAUCUCAUGUACGCACGAGAUCGGCCUCUCCGAGCUGACGGAGCGGUUCGCGGCCAGUUUCUCUACAUUACUCUACGGCGACGGCGAGGAGUGGACUACAGCGGAAAGCAGCGCACCAGUAGGCGCGUCUGCGCGGGUGAAGGAGAUCAUCACGCAGGAGGUCGUGCCGGGCCUGACGCGGUUUCUAGAGAACGCGCGGUUGGACGACGUGGUGAUUGCGUCCGAGGAGAUCCGGUACGCGGCCGAGUGUGUGGGGAGGAUCACGGGUGAGUCGAUGAACGUCGAGGAUGUUCUUGGAGUUGUUUUCUCGAGGUUUUGCGUGGGCAAGUGAUGAUGUAUAUAGUAGAAUAGAAACAGUUGACAAAUAUAUUGUUGUAAUC